AUGUCGUUUGCUGCCGCCUUCCUGCCUGCUUUCCUGGCUGCGCCGAAGCCGUUCUCGUGGGCCAUGCCUGCAUUACCCUCCCUGCUCGAGCUCUUCCCUCCGUGGCUGCUCGCGGUACCCAAAAAGAAGACCUCGCACUCGCGGAAGGCUAUGCGUAGCGCGAACAAGGGGUUGAAGGAUAAGGAGAACUUGGUGCAUUGCCAGAGCUGCGGCUCACCAAAGCUGGCACACAACAUGUGCCCCAAGUGCUACCGAGAGCUCAACAUCAGCUGGAAGGCGAAGAACCGGUCUGCGGAGCAGAGCGAUGUUACCGUGUUCUAG